AUGACCGUACUGCCACACCAAGCAUCCUCCAGCACACACGUCACCUCUCAGCCAUGCGCUACAUCUAACGUACCCGCUAGCGCCGCCCAACCUGCCUCGCACGCCCGCACAGACCCAUGCAUAGCCGAGCUUGCGCCCGAGACGCUCGCGCGAAUCUUUGCAUUCCUCGAUCCACGCACUCUUGCGCGAUGUGCAGCAACCUGCAGGUCAUGGCACGCCGUUGUCCAGCUUGACAUUACUUGGCGCACCGCAUUCUCCAUCACCUUUGGCCUCGAGGAGCGCGAAGACAAGAUCGCAGCGUCUAUACACCAAGGCGUCCCUGGUGCGACGAGCCUGCGCAUUGCUCCUGCUCUCCGCCGCCUGGAUCCGGCGUCGUGGCGCGCUGAAUUUGCGUCGCGCGUCGCGAUUCUCCGCCGCUGGCGCAAAUCACGCACCUCGGUCAUCUUGACAGAUCCACGCAUUGCCACGCUCGAUGCACUCGCGCUUUCCGCAUCGCACCGCUUCGUGCUGAGCCUCUCGUAUGAAUGUAGCCUUGCAUCGCGCUCGAACGCGUUUACCGGCAAGGUCGCGAAAGAGUUUCUCCAUGCGCGCGGAUUUGCAACCACGGCGCCCAACGGCCAGCCGAAUAUGGACCAUAGUCCGCCGUGCACAGCGCUCGCUGCCGAUCCACUCGCGAGCUAUGUCGUAUGGGGCCAGCGCUGCGGCGAUGUGGGCCUCACUGCGAUCGAUUGGCGAGGACAAAACGCGCGGGGCACAUUCCAGCACCGCACCUUUCCACGCCAGGAAGCGCACCGCGCGCCUGUAUCUGCCAUUGCAUUCCCUAUUGGCGGGGAAAGUGUGCGGCAGCAGUCUGGAGACGCCGCAUUGACGUUUGCCACCGCGUCUGCGGACGGGACAGUCGUGCUGUGGCAUCCAAAGCACGACGCCGCCUUGUGGCGCGGCGCCGUUCCGUCCAGCGACGAGCCGCUGGGCACGAUGGACCGUCUUGCCUACCGCUCCGCAGACGGAAUUCUUGCGGCCGGCACGCGUUCCGGUGCUGUGUUGGUAUGGGCGCACAUACCGACCAAAGCGCUCGCCGCACACGCCAUUCAUGGCCGUCCCCCCGUCGAGUCGCAUGUCCAGUGCAUCACCAUUGCUCCUGCGCCCUUCGCCAGCACACAGGCAGCCGACGCGCCGAGGAUCAGCAGCUUGGUCUUGGAUACGUACGACGCGACGAAGGAGCACAUCUCCCUCCUUGUCCACUAUACCCACGCACGCUUCUUUUUACGGCAUACCCUCACGCCCGCUUCUCGCGCUGUGCACACCACCGUCUUUGGAGCCCCGUCCAUCUCGCAAAUCACCUCGGUGCACUGCAACUUUGACGCGCGUGCUUCGCCGCCUCUCGCAAGCCAGCGCCGCUCCACGCGUUUCCAAGAGCGCAGUUUUGUAUGCGCAGGCACCGCCUCGGGCGGCAUCGGUGUUUGGGAAUGGGAUGCCCAAGCGCCGCUGGACGAUGCAUGGCUGCUCGAGGAGCACAGCGUGCACUGCGACGCACAGGCCCUCCCUGCGCUGGUCCUCGACGGCCACCACAAUGCCAUCACCGCACUCUAUAGCACGCCCGCGCUGCUUUUCGCAGGAACAGAGGACGGGACGAUCAAGGCGUUUGACACACUUACCGGCACCCUUGUCCGCGUAUUCAAUGAACGCACCGCACGACGACAGCCCGCGCGCUUGCUGGCGAAUGGCAGCCUUGGUGCCGAGCAUGCCGCGCGCUUCCGCGUGAACCAAAUCGUCGCGCACGACGAGCUGUUUGUCGCGGCGAUUGGGCCACAAGUCCUUGCCUGGCGGACGCAGCAUGCGGCCGAUGCAGACGUGCCGGCCAAGCGCGCGACGGCAGCGCCGCGCCACGGACGCCCAACGCAGCGCUUGCAAAUGCGCAAGGCACUGGACAGAGCCGCGCAGGAAGAGCAGGAGAUUCUGGAGGCCGAGGAAAAAGAGCGCGGUGCCAUUGCGGCGCAGCAGCGCAUGGCGCAUUCGAAGCUGCAAGGGCGGCUCGAUGAAGACACCGCGCUGGACUAUGCGCUCAUGCUCAGUCGCGAAGAAGCGGAGCAGACGGCACUCACCGACGAGUUUGCCAGCGACCUGAUGUACGGCGAGCCCGACAUGCACGACGGCAUGGCGGAUGCUGUGCUGCUGCGCUCGCCGACACUGAGCGCGCUUGCAGCCUCGCCAAACACAUCUACACGCGCGUGGGAUAUGCUGCAGCAGGCAGGGAAGGCCGCGAGCACAACCGAUGGCGAGGGGGCGAGCAAGCUGCGCACCGUUUCCAUUCCGCGCUCUGCGCGCCUUACUCCCAGUACCGCGUCGCAGGGCUCGGUUGGUUCCUGCAAUUCCAUGUCACCCAUGGCAAGUCCUGCCGACUGGCCGGGCAUGGCGCAGCAGAGUAGCAAAACGCCGAGUCUGGGGGCGUGGGCGCGGAGCAGUCCUGCAUUGCGCUCUGUCGAUGCUCGGCAAGGCACUGCGCUCGCGCGGCACGACGGUGCGGGUUUGUCGAGCCAAACGGCAGCGGCCCUUGCGAGCCAGCCACCGAGCUGGAGUCUGGAAGACGAGGAGGAGGAUGACGAGCUGCGCUUGGCGCUUGCGCUCUCGCUGGCCGAGCACGAGUCAAAUACACUGUAG